AUGCACUUCUUGUUGCCUACUUCGUCGUCUACUUCUCACUCUCCGGCCAACACUUCUUCAUUCUCUCUCUUAUUUCUCAAUCCGUCUCAAAUUCCGGAGAAUCUCUGCAAGUUACCGGCGAAGAUCCAUCUCGGAACCCAUGGAAUCUCCGGUCAAUCAUCUAAGCACACGUGUCUUCAUGCAGUCGUCGACAGGUCUUCCUCAAGUGUAUCGCCGGAGCAAAAGGAAUCUUUUAACGGCGAAGGAGGGGAAUCUGACUCGGAGGCGGUACUAGUAGUCCGACGUCCUCAGCUGGAGAAUUCCGAUAGGAAAUCUAGCGAGGAAGAGGAGAAAAGGUACCCAGCGAGGAUCGAUGCCGGUCUGAGUAAGAUAGCGAAGAAGAUGCCGAUAUUCGAGCCGGAGAGAUCGGAGUCGUCGUCUUCGUCGUCCGCGGCGGCUGUUGCUAGGGCUCAAGAGAAGCCGCUCUCGGUGAAUCUGGACUUAUCUCUGUACAAAGCUAAGGUUCUCGCUAGGAAUUUCAGAUACAAAGACGCUGAGAGGAUUCUAGAGAAGUGCAUAGCUUACUGGCCGGAGGAUGGGAGGCCGUACGUGGCGUUGGGGAAGAUACUGAACAAGCAAUCGAAGUUGGCUGAAGCAAGAAUCGUAUAUGAGAAAGGGUGUCAAGCUACACAAGGAGAGAAUGCUUACAUUUGGCAGUGCUGGGCUGUUCUGGAGAACAGAUUGGGGAAUGUGAGAAGAGCGAGGGAAUUGUUUGAUGCAGCUACGGUGGCUGAUAAGAAGCAUGUAGCAGCGUGGCAUGGAUGGGCAAACCUGGAGAUAAAGCAAGGGAAUAUUAGUAAAGCGAGGAAUCUGCUCGCCAAAGGACUCAAGUUUUGCGGGAGGAACGAGUAUAUCUACCAAACACUUGCCUUGUUGGAGGCUAAAGCUAAUCGGUAUGAGCAAGCUAGGUACCUGUUCAAGCAGGCCACCAUAUCCAAUUCCAAGAGCUGUGCCAGUUGGUUGGCAUGGGCACAGUUGGAGAUACAGCAGGAAAGAUUCCCAGCUGCUAGAAAGCUUUUUGAGAAAGCUGUUCAGGCAAGCCCCAAGAAUAGGUUUGCGUGGCACGUGUGGGGGGUGUUUGAAGCUGGAGUAGGUAAUGUUGAGCGUGGAAGAAAGCUCCUGAAGAUAGGUCAUGCGCUAAACCCAAGAGACCCUGUGCUCCUUCAGUCCCUUGGCUUACUGGAGUACAAACACUCAUCUGCUAAUCUUGCCCGGGCUUUACUAAGGAGAGCAUCAGAGCUUGAUCCUAGACAUCAACCUGUUUGGAUUGCGUGGGGUUGGAUGGAAUGGAAAGAAGGAAACACAACAACAGCUAGAGAGCUUUACCAAAGAGCUCUCUCCAUUGAUGCAAACACCGAAAGUGCUGCUCGUUGUCUACAGGCGUGGGGAGUUCUAGAGCAGAGAGCAGGAAACCUAUCAGCAGCAAGAAGAUUGUUCAGAUCAUCACUGAACAUCAACUCACAAAGCUACGUUACAUGGAUGACAUGGGCACAACUUGAGGAAGAUCAAGGAGAUUCCGAACGUGCUGAGGAAAUCCGUAAUCUCUAUUUCCAACAACGCACAGAGGUUGUUGAUGAUGCUACGUGGGUCACGGGAUUCUUGGACAUCAUUGACCCGGCUUUAGACACCGUUAAAAGGCUCUUGAACUUUGGUCAGAACAAUGACAACAACCGGUUAACUGAUACUCUUAGAAACAUGAGUAGAGUCAAAGAUAGCCAAUCCAGUCAGCAACCCGGAAGCUCUGUGGGACGUGAGGACACUGAAACUGGGAGUGGAUUUGACCUCGAUGCGUUUUUACGCGAGAAACUGUCGUUGGAUCCGUCGAAGAUAGAAGUUAAUCUUGAUUCUCAGAGGUUAGGGAGAUUCAUUAGAGGGAGAACAAGUGGUGCUUGA